AUGGGGUCAAGCCACCGGACAUCAGAAGACGGGCGAAGAAAUCAUACUAACUCGACAUCUCAACCCCAGGAACCGCAUCUCGCGCUCAUCCACAUUCCGAUCGAGUUGUACUCGCUCUGCUUGCAGCCGAUCUUGCGACUCCUGUUUGGCGAAGACCACGACGAGGACGCGGCCAAAAUCGCCUGGACCAAUCGACACGAUUUCCUCAAUGUCUCCAUCACCCCAGUUGAAUGUUCUAUCAUGUGCUCGCGCAGUCUGGCAGACCGGCUGGUGGCGCCGGUAGCCGAUGUCCUCAACAAACUGUACGCCGGCACUGACCACGACUCCAACUCGAAUCCCAAGACGCAAAUCCAAAUCAGCACCGAAGACUACAUCGUCAUCCAGGUUGAUGGACAAGGGCUGGACGCCGGGCAGAGGGUGUUGGAGCUCACGUCGCCACUGGCCAUGGCCGGAAUAAGCAUUUUCUUCAUCACGACCUACUUCUCAGACUACAUCCUCGUACCGUUCCGCCAAUGCAGGACCGUCACGAAAGCGCUACAACAGCGAGGGUUCGUGUUUUCGCACAGUGCCGACGCUUUCGUCUCGCAGCUGUCGCCGUCAUCGCCUUCUCUCCCUCAGAGUGGACGAUUGGGCCCGACGAACUCGCCUCCACUGCUACACACAUUGACACCCACGCCCACUACACCGCCGGCGAAGGACAUCCCCGAACUCCAGAUCCGCACGUUCACCAAACUCAAGCGCAACAACAUCAGCCCGCUCGUCGACGACAGUGUCCGGCUGGCGAAUUGUGCGGGGAGCCGCGAGUAUAACCAGACCAGCGACGAGCGACUCAAGAACGAUCUUUUACAAGUUUUGUUGGCCACGGCUCCGGUGCCGUUAGGCCCGUCUAGUGCCAGUGCGCCUACCACUACGACCCCCCCAAAAGGGGACAACGACGCCGGACUGGGCGUGGGUGGAACAACAACAGCAACAACAGCCGUCACUAACACACUGACAGCGGCAGUAGACCUGGACUUUGGCGCCAAGUUCCUCUCAUUGACCAUCACCUCGGGCGAACCGAUCUCAGUGCUGUUGGAACACAGGCUCCUCGACCGCUUAGGCGAGUCUCUGCUAGGCGCCAAAUCGGAAGAAGACGCACUGGUUCCCAUCACGCUCGACCUUCGCGAGCUGCCGCUCGAAGCCACGGGCAUCGUGUGUGGUGUUGCCGGCCGGCUUGCACAAGGUAGCGCCGAGCCUGACGAGGUCGGCGAACUGAGUCCGGAGAUCAGUCCCAAGAUGUUGCCUGUGGCAGGUCCUGGAACCAGUUCGGGGGAUGUAGCUACCACGUCUACCUCUGCUUUCGCGGGGGCGGGUACAGGGUCGAGUCCAGCCACGGGUGUCACAGCGAGUUCGAGUCUCGACGAACCCAUCGAUAUCUCUUUCUUGAGCACAGCCCGAGCAGGCACGGUCAUUGUGCGCGCAAGUCAGCUGCAGAAGGCGCUGGAAGCUUUGGAUUACGGCAUGAAAUGCGUCGCGGGAGGGUCGGAGUGA